AUGCAGGCGGAUGAAGGCACCGAGUGGCUGAUGGAGCUGCUGACGGACGUGCAGCUGCAGCAGUACUUCCUCAGGGUCCGCGAUGAGCUCAACGUCACGCGCCUCUCCCACUUUGACUACGUCAAGACAGAGGACCUGGAGAAGAUUGGCAUGGGACGACCAGGCCAGAGGAGGCUAUGGGAAGCUGUGAAGCGGAGACGAGCCCUGAGCAAGCGCAAGUCCUGGGUGACCAAGCUGCAGUCUCUGUGCCUGGGUCAACAGGUGUUCACAGGGAAGCGGCCCGAGGCGGACUCGCCACCGUCGUCGGGGGCAACAACAAUACUGAGGGGGCCCUCGCCUUCCCCGAGCGCCGGCGGGGACCAGCCGGCGGCCCUGACCUGCCUCAUCAGCGACCGCGACCUGACUCUCCUUGAGAAGCUCGGAGACGGCUCCUUCGGAGUGGUGAAGCGAGGAGAAUGGCAGGCGCCCUCGGGAAGAGUGCUGAACGUGGCUGUGAAGUGCCUGAAGACAGAUCUGUUGGAGCAGCCGCAGGGUAUGGAUGACUUCAUCAGGGAGGUGAACGCCAUGCACUCCCUGGACCACCAGAACCUCAUCAGGCUGUACGGCGUCGUCCUCACACAUCCCAUGAAGAUGGUGACAGAGUUGGCCCCACUUGGCUCCUUGCUGGAUCGCCUGCGUAAGCGGCAGGGCCACAUCCUCAUCGCCGUGCUGUGCCGCUACGCCGUCCAGAUCUCCUGCGGCAUGGCCUACCUCGAGUCCCAGCGCUUCAUCCACCGAGACCUGGCCGCGCGCAACAUCCUGCUGGCCUCCAACGAACUCAUCAAGAUCGGAGACUUCGGGCUGAUGCGGGCACUGCCCAAGAACGACGACCACUACGUCAUGCAGGAGCACCACAAAGUGCCAUUUGCCUGGUGUGCUCCAGAGAGCCUCAAGACCAGGACCUUCUCUCAUGCCAGUGACACUUGGAUGUUCGGCGUGACCCUUUGGGAGAUGUUUAGCCACGGACAGGAGCCCUGGCUGGGCCUGAAUGGGAGCCAGAUCCUCCAUAAGAUUGAUAAGGAGGGAGAGCGCUUGGUGAGGCCGGAAGACUGUCCCCAGGACAUCUACAACGUGAUGCUACAGAGCUGGUCCCCUAAGCCCGAGGACAGACCCACGUUCGUGGCCCUCAGAGACUUCUUGGUAGAGACAAUGCCCACGGACAUGAGGGCCCUCCAAGAUUUUGAUGAGGCCGACAAACUUCAGAUUCACAUGAAUGAGGUCAUCACUAUUAUUGAGGGGAGAGCUGAAAAUUAUUGGUGGCGUGGUCAGAACCGUCAGACACUGAAGGUGGGUCAAUUUCCCCGACACGUUGUGACAUCGGUGGCAGGACUGUCCGCUCAAGACAUCAGCAGGCCGCUGAAGAACAGCUUUAUCCACACAGGACACGGCGACACGGACCCUGGUCGCAGCUGGGGCGCUCCAGAUAAGAUAGACGAUUUGUACCUUGGUAAUCCUAUGGAUCCUCCAGAUGUUCUUGGAAUGGACCCCAAGACAGACCGACCCACUAAGCUUCCAAAUAGAUCCAAAAAGCUACCGCCUCCACGGCCCCCUCAGCCGGCCCUUCUGCUCAAGAGACCAUUCUAUGACUCGGUCAUGGACGACGACGACCUAAUGGUGACCACGAGUGUGAAGAGGCUAUCUCUCUCCAAGCCCUCCACCUAUCUGGGCUUGCGUCUGCGCCCGUGGGAGACCCAGCAGACGGACCACCUGAGCGAGGCGUCGCUCAUAGACUUUGACAGCUUCAUAAACGACAGCUUCAGCUCCGCCUCUCCGUCCCCCGUGGCCGCCGCUCCGACCCCGGUACUCUCCUUGUUGCCCAACCCGCUCAACCCUACGCCCAUCCUGGACUGGGACCGGCCGCUGCCCGCCCUGCCUGCUUACGACGAGGUGGCACUUGAGGCACACGGAAAGGAGGAAGACGCUGAAGUGAGCUCCAUCAGCCAACGUGCUGAAGAGAUGCCUCCUCCUCCGCAGCCCAAAGAGGAGGCCCGGUCCCCGGCGCAGGCGGUCCAGACGGCCCAGCUCUUCCAGGAGCUGCAGCGCGAGGUGAUGGUGAAGCUCCGCGCCCCCCCUGCCACCGGCCGCUCGCUGCCCUCCUCCCCCAUCCCCAUGGCCUUCACCCCGGCCGGCCACCGGCAGAUCAUCCUGCCCUCCUCCUCCUACGAGGACAAGCCCCUGGUGCCGCCGCGCGUCCCCAUCCCGCCCAUGCGCAGCUCCAGACACCUGGCCUACUGCUCCUCCGCCUCGCUCGGCGACGAGAUUGACCUCGAUACCAGCAGCAAAGACCAGGAGCACCCUCCCAGGAUCCCUCCGCGGGACCACGCCCUGUCCCAGCCCAGCUCGCGAGCCCCGAGUCCCCUGGCGCCACUCCGGACGGCGUCCCCCCAGCAGAGGCCAGGCCUGUGCUGCGUAGGCACCCUGGGCUCCUUCCUGUCCCCCAUACCUUGCCUUCCACCCUCCUCCUCCUCCUCUUCCUCCUCCUCUGCCACUCUCCCGCAGCAACCCAAGCAGCCGGUGCUCACCUCCGCCACCACCCACAGCUUUGCACAUGACGCCCGCUAUGCCAAAGCCGAGACGGUGGGCAAGGUUCAGGCCCAGGCCCAGGCCCAGGGCAGUGUCCAGGCCCCCUGCAUCCUGCCGGUGGUGUGCGACGCCUCCAAAACCAGCAGCAGUAGCACUCGCUACCACAUGGUGGCCAAGAAGAUGGCCUACGCGGACAAGUACGAGCCCUUCCUGCGGGACGCGGAGAGCGGCGGCGAGGACAGGAAGACCACCAACAUGGCCACCGUCAGGCCCAUGAUGCUGCAGCAGCAAGCCAUCAGCAGACCCAUAUACAGCAGCACUAGCAACAGCACAGGGAUGGUGAAUCCCCACGACUUGACCUGGGCAACCAACCAGCUAAGCAACAAUCAAGCAGAGUCCACAGUGCCUACUUUCAGCUCUGUGAAAUGUGUUCAGGAAGCGGUGCAUGGUGUGACCGUGGAGGAGUGUCAGGCGGCUCUGCAGGGUCACAGCUGGAACGUACCGGAGGCCAUCCGCUACUUGAAGGUGGAGCAGUUGUCCAGUCUGGGUCUGAAGGCCCGCUCGGAGUGCCAGGAUGUUCUGCAGCGGUGCAACUGGAACCUGGAGCAGGCCAGCAUCGAGAUCCUGGACUCCUAUGGCCCAACUAGGCACAGGCAAUGAUGAGCAAGUGCUUUGGGAAGGAUGCGGGAAAACUCAUCUCUGUCAUCUCAGUGGAAUAAGACUGAUCCUUGUCUUGUGGCAAAGGAUUAUUUUCUCCCAGAACUGUUCAUCAAAUAUUCAGAGGUACUCCUGCCCCUACUCGUACUACCACCUUGUCCCUCUUGUCCUAUCAGCAAAUGAAACAUAGACAUAGUACCUGCAUCCAGAAGGUGCAUUAUUGGAAGAUCAUUUAUCAUAAAUGCUAUUGCAUAGAUAAACAGUGCAGUCCAUAUAACUUCCUUUUUUGGACUUAUUUGUGGCUGCACUACUUGCUUUCAAUGAGACCCUCGUCCUCCUAAUUUGAACUGGUGUGUUGGAAUAUGCAUAUAUCCACAUAUCCACAAUUAUUAAGUGCAAUGCAGAAGAGGAACGACAAUAUUAAUAUAUUAAGAUAUUUGCUUAGGCAGUACAGACACAAUAGAUGUAGGAUAAAUCAUAGUGUCUGUAAAUAUGCUGUAAAUGAUGUGCGGCAAUGUUAGGUACAGUACACUCCGAUUGCUUACAAUUGCAUUAUGUAUUUUUGUCCAUGUUACUCCGCCAUUGGUAAUGCCAAAUACUGUAUUUGUACAAUUUGUCCUUUUUUUAAUUGUGAUUUUUUUUCAUUAGUGUUUCUAAUAACUGAUAUCCAUGUUACUGAAGGAGGUUUUAAUGUUACAGUCUGCUAAAUGUAUCAGUACGAAUCGUCUGAGGAAACUGCUUUGCUCCUAUCAGGGGUUUGUCAUUUCUACAUCAUCUAGUCUUCCCAGAAUGUUUGUAUUAGUUUUGCUGUUUUGUCUGAACACUGUAUGAGAGAUAUCAAAAGUAUAUUUAUGUUAUUAUAAUAUUGGCCAGAGAAAGGCCUUAUAAUCAAAACAUGGCUCUGGUGCAGUACUGCUGGACAAUUGAAUUUUUUUAUG